UCUGUCCUGGUCUUGCGCGAUGCGCCGUGGAACGUUUACGCAUGAGCUUCCAGAUUGAUAGAAAUUGGCUUCAAACCUCAGACAGAUUUUUAAUUCUAUCUUUGGCAUGACUAAUGAUAAGAUAUGAGCUCCAAAUGAUGUUUAACCACGACACAGACAACGUAGACAGCAUAGUCAUGUCCUAGCCUACAUUUAGCCUAAAUGACCAAGAUUUUAAAAAAAGACAAAGUCGUUUUGAUUGUGUUUGAUGAACCGUUUUAUAGGCCUACUUGGACUGUAAAUAAGGCAACAAGACCUAGGAUGAUAGAGCGAGGACGUUCUAUCCGUGUCACCGGGCUGAGGGCUCAUUCGCUGCUGUCGUGGCGACCGCAGUCAGGCACAAUGACCCCCUUCAGCCUCAGUGAUGUGUUGCCCUCUAAACCCGAUUCUUUCAACACAGUUACUCCAAUUCAAAACAAUGCGAAACCCCCUCACUGGUUAUGCAACAGGCGUGCGUGAUGCGAGUGUAAAGCAUGGCUGCAUUAUCUAUUUGAUAGCGCAGUCCUUUGUGGAAGUUCUUGUUCAACAAAUUGUGUAUGAUUGGACGGCAGUGGACAUUUACACAUUGCAUAGGCUCGGACAAAAUGAGUCAUCCCCCAGGUGGAAACAGAGACGUCGUUGUAGCCUAAGCAAAUUGUUACAAAUGUGGAGAAAGUGGUCAGGGUUACCAAGAGUAGUUCAGUGUCCAGAUUGUGCGUUUAUAUGAUUAGGCUACUUGGUUUGACAAAAUUGCUUAAUUGGGCCUAGUGUAGGGUACACUGUUGACACUCCAUAACGAUGUUAGGCCUACUACAUGGCACUGUUUUCACAUGUUCGAGUGUCAACUGUAGUUGUUCUCAUUGGCCAACGCUAAAGGCGGGGCAAUAAUGCCUAGAUGGUAUAAAUGGUCUCAAAUUACCCAGAGCGUCCCUUUCCAGUGCGCAUCAGCGUGUAGGCUACGAGGUAACUGAAGAUGCCAGUUCUUAGAGUCUUGAGCAGGGUUGCCAAGCAGACCCUCCUUGCUCACGAGUGUGGGUGCCAGCCUUUGGCGGUGGCAGUACGCAGCAUCAGCUUCUCGCCACGCCAGGUCACCUCGGGCUCCGAUGCCAGCUUCCACUCGGUCUCCUUCUCGGAGACGGACCACCCAAAAGUCCUGAUCACAGGUGGUCUUGGACAGCUUGGUGUGGGCCUGGCGAAAAUGCUGAGGAAGAGGUUUGGAAAGAACAAUGUCAUUCUGUCAGACAUCAGAAAGCCACCAAGCAACGUCUUUCACAAUGGUCCCUUCAUCUAUGCGGACAUCCUGGACUACAAGAACCUUCGGGAGAUAGUGGUGAAUAACCGCAUCACCUGGCUGGUGCACUACAGUGCCCUCCUAAGUGCCGUGGGAGAGGCCAACGUGCCGCUGGCGCGAGCCGUCAACAUCACCGGCCUCCACAACAUCCUGGACAUCGCUGCAGAGCACGGCCUCCGCCUCUUUGUGCCCAGCACCAUCGGAGCGUUUGGACCCACCUCGCCCCGGAACCCGACCCCUGACCUCUGCAUCCAGCGCCCGCGCACCAUCUACGGGGUGUCCAAGGUGCACGCGGAGCUCAUGGGAGAGUACUACCACCACCGCUAUGGCCUGGACUUCCGCUGUCUGCGCUACCCUGGAAUCAUCUCAGCAGACUCCCAGCCUGGCGGCGGCACGACGGACUAUGCCGUCCAGAUCUUCCACGACGCCGUGAAGAGCGGCAAGUUCGAGUGCAACCUGAAGCAGGACACGCGGCUUCCCAUGAUGUACAUCGACGACUGCCUGCGCGCCACCCUGGAGGUGAUGGAGACCCCGGCCGAGCACCUCAGCAUGCGCACCUACAACAUCAACGCCAUGAGCUUCACCCCCGACGAGCUGGCCCAGGAAGUGCAGAAGCAGCUGCCUGACCUCCAGGUGGAAUACAACAUCGACAGCGUCCGGCAGGCUAUCGCUGAUAGCUGGCCAAUGGACUUUGAUGACAGCAAUGCACGCAACGACUGGGGCUGGAAGCACGACUAUGACCUCCCGGAGCUGUGUCAGACCAUGCUGAACUUCAUCGGGGCAGAAACGCGCAUGGCUCAAGCAAACUAAAGCCUGCGUCAGCCAGGGCCUGGCACUGCCGUCUGUACAUAUUGUAUAAAAAAAGAGAAAAGAAGCGCUAGCUUUGGGAAGGAGAGAGCCCGUGAUGUGUAAAUAGUUUGUUUUAGGUUCUCUCUUUCUCUGUCUGUCUCGACUUGUUUUGUCUGCUGCUACUGCCGCCACUGCAGCUCUUAGAAGCCGUGUUGUCUUGUAGCGUGCAGUCUGUGCCAGGGGUAGAACAUUGAGGAGUUCCAUUGGCUUGGUACGCUGCCUUUUAGAAUGGGCAUUGUACACAAAAGACCUCACCCUCCCUCCCUCCCUCCCUCCCUCAUUCCCACUGAAGGUCAAAUGGAUGUUGCAAUCUGAGUUUGGCGACGUAAAGGGAGUGAGGUGGAAAUGUACACUGGAUGUGUAUUUGCGUGUUAGGGGGGAGGAUACCUCAAACCCAAUCAGAAUGUACUUAGGUCACUAAACAGCCUACGUAUGCACAGGAACACCAUGAGCCAAAAAACACAAGAUGAUUGAAUGAACAAGAUGGUGGCAGAGGACAAGUUGGAAAUGACUCAGUUUAUCAGAAGAAAGAAACACUUUUAAGGGCUUUUUUGUCUUCAUUUUUUUUAUCGUUUUUCCUUUUGUUUAUUUUUCUAAGUGCUAUUAAUAUUUUUAUAGAGAUAAAUUAUUUCACCGCCCAAGUUUAUAGUGACACGCAAAAUAUUUUUCUGUGACGAGGUCAAAAACACACCGAUAAAACGAGAAAGGAAAGAAUGUGUCCACACAGUGCCACAGUAUCAUGGAGAAGAAGUGACGUAAAGAAGAUGUCAGAAGCAUGUUUACUGACAUGAACCAAUAGAUAGGAAUGGAGAUAUGUACCAUCGCUGUAUUUCCACGUCUGUCUGUCAUCUGUUUUUCAUUCUGCCUCUAUUUAUUUACGCUGUCUGCUUAAAGCAAACAUUCUUUUAAUUCAUAAUAGACCGUCUCUGCUUAAAGCGUGACCAGGGUGUGCAGCUCUGGUCCACGGGCGAAUCCCUUGGAAUCUGCAGCUGUGCACCACCUCAGUGCUGUCUGAAAAUCAAAUCUCAAUCAAAGAUUCUGUUGAAAAUUAAUUGAAAAAUGAAUAUUCUCUGUGACUUUUCCUGGAUGUCUUGAAAUCACAAUACCACACAAUGAUUGUACUGUAGCUCUAAGCCAUGAGCUUGUAAAAUGGAUCAAUACACAAACCCUUUUUUAAAAAACGACAGCUGUUUAACUUUUGCUAAAUUAUUGGUAUUUGAAAAGCACUGGGCAUGUUAUGGUCUUUUGUCUUUACAAAUCACAACUCUCAUUAAAACUUUUUUUCAAAAUA